CGCAAUUUUCCUUACAUAAAAUGGAAAACUGGUACCAAAUUGGUGACAAAAAUAUUAGAAGAGAGGUCUGGCCAACCUCUCAAAUCAACAGUUCACCCGAGGAUAUAAAAGCCAUAGGUCCCCUGGGAAGUAUGUUGGCGAUCGUAUCAGGAGAUCCAAAGAGUCUUAAUACAGAUGAAGAAAAUGUAAAGUGUGUGCUGAGAAUAUAUAAUGGCUCAUGCGUUCUCGUAACAUCAGUGAAAUGGUACGUAAGUUUUGAAAACAUCCUGGCUAUCCAGUGGACUGAUUCACUAGAACUGGUUUCAGUAUUUACCAAUGGCUGUGUUAGGGUUUACUCAGCCCAUGGAGAACUUCUACGUUCAUUUUACCUUCAUUCGUACGGAGGGUCAACGAACAAUAGAAUUGAAGUGGACUUAACAAAGUAUAAAAUCUGGUCUAACGGGCUAGUUUUUAUCAAUUUUGGAAACCAAAGGCUGUACUUGCAAAAAGGGUUUGAAACCCAGAAUUCCUGGGUUGUUGAAUUGAGUGAUUUUGCAUUGUCAGUUACAGCCUUGGGAAUUGUUGCAAACCAUAAUUGGAAUGAAGUUUUGGUGAUAUUUUCCACUGUAAACGGGACAAACUACAUUAAAAUGGACCAUCUCAUGAAAUGCACAAAUUUUGAAGACUUCCAAAAAUACCUGCUGCAAAUUAAUCCAUGUACCUACACUCACAUAUCUACAUCUCCUUACCACUUUUUAUACACAAAUUUGUCAACCUUUGACCUAGAGAAUUUUAAUCAGGAACAGGAUACUAAUUUAAAUACCAACAAAAAGGUUAAAAGCAAUAAAUAUUUCAUAGGUAUGGGAAAUAACGAAGAAGGACUCCUUACAAGUUUGUGUAUAGAUGAUAGAAGCGUGAAAAUACUAUGGGAAAUUAAAAUAGACCCCUUUAACAACAUUUAUACUAUGAGUGAAGGAAUAUUGGCCCUAACUUUUACCACAAAAACGGACAACUUAUCAAAUGAUCCAAAGUCACCCAGCUCCCCGCCGAUAUUGGAUACUGAAAAUAAAGAAAAUAACUCAAAUAAUUUAAAUAGCGAGAAUGAUGAAACAGAACAGUUAAUUAGAAAAGAUAAGGAAAGUAACUUGAUUAAGCUGAUAUAUAACGCAGACUAUGAUUUGAAUAUUUACACACAAGUAAUAGACAUUUUAAGUGAUGUUGGUGGAGGGCUGAGAGUGUUUACAAGGAAUAAGAUGGAGUAUUUAGAUAUAGUUUCAAUUUAUAGCGAGGUGGCGUUAUCCCCAGACCGUUGUGAUGUUACUAAUAGUCUUCUCAGAACAUAUGAAAUGUUCAAAAACGGAGAUGAAAGUUCCUCAGAAUCACUCUAUUCAAUACGAGAUAAGCUACAUAGAGCAAGCAAGAUAUGUUUGGAGGCAUCAAAAGACCAGUGGAAUUUUGAAACUGCUCUACUACUAAUCGAAUUUUCUAUUUUUUCAUCAUCAGUCAACUCUUUAAAUAACCCAAGUAAUGUGAAUGACAACACUGAGGAAGAUGCUAUUUCUGACCAAAAGUUUAAAAGCACAGAACUUGUUAAAGAAGAUGAAUUGAAAGGAGAUAGAGGGCAUAUAUUAAUAAUAUGCUAUUUGAGGGUAUGCAAAAAUCUAGUUGAGUAUAACAUAUACACUAACAUUAACCAACUCCUGUUAUUCGGACUUAAGCGUUUAAUUGUCCUGCUAACAAGCCUUAAGUUGUAUUUGUUAAGCAUAAGAAUAUGUGAAUUUUUCAGAAUUAGCCCAGCAUUGGUCUUACUGGGGUGGAUUACAACAAGGAUUAAGCUCGGAACACAUUUAACAGAUUCUGAGCUUUAUAACCUGAUUUCAAGUCGACUUGACAAGUACCUAGGAACUGUUUUAUCGUUUUCAAAAGUUGCCCAGGUAGUUUUUAAGCAUGGAAGAGACGUUCUUGCAUUGUCAUUUAUAGAGCGAGAGAAAUGUCCAUACAAGCAAUUUAAGGUUUUAAUAAAGUGGAAUGAACUUAGUAGGGCUGCAAAGGUGGCAAAUGAGUGUGGCGACCCAACUCUGAUAAACUUCAUAAUUUUAAAGACCGUCAGCAAUAACGAUAUUUCUAACAUAAUAACACUAUCAAAUGAGUAUGGCCUUAUCAAGAACAUGUUUGUUCAGCAGCUGCUUUUGAGUGGCAAUGAUAAGGUGCUGCAGGUAUUUUACGAGAGGACGAACCUCGUCUUUGAAGCUGGCCUCAACAGUAUAAACAUAUAUAAUCGUAAUAAUCCAUUUCUAACCAGCAGAGAAGGAGGUCGUGAUGGGAAAGACAAGAGAGAUGACCUUAAUAGGGAGAGGAAAUACAGUUUAAACUAUAGUAACGGCUACUUUGGAAAUAAGACCAACGUCGAUGCAACAUUUUGGCAUGAGGCUGUCAACAAUGAAAUGGUCCUUCUGGAACAUCAAAUUAACCUCGAGAACACUCAUGAAUCACUUAAAUCUAUCAGGUUGGUCGGCAGGAGCCUGAUGGAAACAAUUUAUGAGCUUUACAAGCUGAACUUAACCAAAGAGGUUGAGGUUCUUGUUAACACCUUCAAGUUACCUAUUAAUCAAACUCGGUGUACAAAAAUCGCGGCCUACCACAAAACUCACAACGUCCAGGAGCUGUUUAAUCUUAUUCAGGACAAACAGUUUUCCAGUGUUUACAUUAAGCCCAACUUUACCUACUUCCACCUACUUUUGCAAACUCUCAUUAGUCUAGGUGCCAACUCUCACGUUGACACUGUGAUUCACGGCAUGAAACCUUCUCAGCAGAACUACUGGCGAAAUUUCGUCAACCAGUUCAAUAAAAACUAAUUUUUACUAAGUUA